UAUAAACCUAUUAUUAGGUCUAUGAUUAAAUGAUUUGAUCAUAUACUAGUAUACUAGUUUUUCUAUGUAUUAUUAAUUAAAAUUAUCAAGCAUCGAGAUUGGUAUCUUUAUCAAUAGAUGAUAAGGUGCACAAGCUCGAAAAUUAUCACUGGACUCGGGGCAUAAAACUGGUAAGGUGCGCGCAUGUGAAGUUUAAAAAUCUACACCAAAUGUGCCCCAAUAUUCCAUAUGGAACAUAAAAAUUUACCCGAGUGUAGUCGGUGCAGUCAGGUGGAAUACGCUAUUAAUCGUACUGAUAAUUGACAGAAACAUAGAAUAGAUAAUAUGAAAUGAGAUUAUUAUCAUUAUUCUAUUUUACAAUAAUCAUUUUGUGUUGUUUAUUUAAUUAACUAAUUUAAUUACCUACUUGUUAAAAAAGUACUGUGUAAACUGUCAAUAAUGUCCAAACAUAUAGAUAUUGUUACCUUGAAAUCAUAUCCUCAUCACAACAUGUUAAAAUAUUGCGAAAAUCGACCUAAGUACAGACAGGGACGAAAACUUACAGCAGUGAAGGUAAUAAGAUAGAUGAUGGAUUUGAAUAAAACGUAUCCUUAAUAAAAUAAUUUAAUCUCAAUUCAUAAUUUUAACUUUUAAAAGCAAGGAAUUAAUUGUUUUAUAAUUAACCAAUUUAUUGGUUUUAGUAUGUACAAUAUACUCUAAUAUUAUUGAACAUUUCAAAAUUAGUGUCAAUUAAAAUCGCAUUAAUCGUUUUUUACUUUUUCUAUAAACAGAAUGUUCCCCAUGCGUGGUCGUUCCAUUUUUCAUACAUUCAAAUUCGGAUUUUUGGAAUUUUUAAGUGUAAUUAAAGGCGAUAUUUUUAAAUACUUAGAUUUUUCAGAACACUUAAGGAGUAUUCUGUAGCGAUAACAAUUUUGGUUUUUCAAAUGAGAAUCUAUAUUAAAAAUUCCAUAAAUAGAUGGAGUAUGACUUUAAAUACAUUUUAAUGAUAUGCAUAAUUUAACCAAAACAUAGAAUGAGCACGCUUAGUAAAUUUUUCAAUUCAUAAAAUUAAAUUAUAUUUAAUCUUUUCAUUAAUUUUGUGCUAUUAGUUUUAACAUUAGGGUGUAUUUGCCUAUUAUCAAACCUAAAAGUAAAAACAUUGUCUAUAUUUGUAUGUUUGUUUUUUUAUUAUUUUAAUUUUCAAGUUAAUUAAAUAACUACAAAUUAAAAAAAAAAAAUGUAUCACGCUUAAAAGUUAAAAUAUUGGAACAAAAUCAAUGCACAAAUAUAGACAAUGUUCUCAUCUUUAGGUCUAAAAAUAAGUAAAUACAUCAUAAUUUUAAAACUAGACCAAAAUGAACAAAAUCUAUAAAUAUAAAGUAACUUCAUGAAUUAGGUAAUUUCACCGAUAGGCUGUAAUAAGAUAUUAUGAAAAUGAAUGUGUUCAAUUAAAAAAAUAAUGACUUAAUAUAGGAAUUAUUUAUAUCAUGGUAUACUUUUGAUUAAUUAUAAUAUUGUAAAUUUGCAAUAAUUUUCUCAAAUGAUAGUAUUAAAAUAAUAAAAUUCCUUAACUUUCAUUGACUACAAUAAUAAGGUUUAUACGGUGAAUGAUGAAUCACAACAUUUAUUAAUAAUUGGUGUACCAUCUGUCAACUUACAUGAUGAAAUGGAAAAAUUAUGUACACGUUAUGGUAAUGUUAUGAGUAUUAAUCAAGUACAAUUAGAAGAUCAUGAAGAUUUCACCCAUAGUUUUCAUGUGGUAUUUUUUCGGAUACAAUCUGCAAGGUGUAUUUUAACUACACCAUAUUUUUAUGUAAAAUAUUCAAUUUAAUAAUAUAUAUGAACAUUUUAGAUUUGCCAAGAAACAAAUAGACACAAAAAAUUUUUUCGGUAGUGUUUUACAUGUUUGUUAUGCGCCUGAACUAGAAUCAAUAGAGCAAACUAGAGCAAAGUUACAGAUAAGGAUAACAGAAGUAACAAAACAUAUCAAUAGAACUGGUGUAGCAAAUAACUAUAAAAAGUAAGGUUUAUUAUUUACCUUUAAAAUGUAACCUUAAUGUGUAUUAAUGGUUUUAUCUUUAUAUACUUUAUUCUGUAAAUUGCUAAACAAUUUUAUAUUUUAUAAUAAUUACAUUUUUGUUUUCUAGAGAAUUAUCUCAACAGAUACCUGUUACUUCAGAUGAUAAUUUAAAGGUAUUCAAUUUCAUUUGUUCAUUUAAAUGUUUAUAAUGAUACCUACCUAUGAAUAUAUAUUAUAUCUAUUUUUUUUUUUAUGAAUAGUUUCAAGAUUUAAGUUCCUAUUCUCAAAAACAUAAUCGAUGGCUUAAAGGAGGUUUAAAAUGUUCUUAUAUCAUUCCAAAAACAGAUCCUUUGAAUACUACUAAAGAAAUUAUGAAACAUAAAUUGGUACACAAAUGAUUACAAUUUUUAAAGUAGUUUUACUAAAUAAAAUUUUAAUAUAGUUAACCAUAGUAGUAGUAACCUUAGUAUUACUUUUUAAUUCUCAGUGGCAUGAUUUUUUUUCCCCAUAAAUCACUUAUAGUAAAAUAGAAGAAAAAACAUUAAUACUUUGGUACCUAGAUAUUUUCAGUUCACUUGUAAUCCUGUCCACGUACAAACACGUGUCAAGUUGUGUCUUUAUGGUUUAACAUUUAAAUUUAUUAUGGAAAUAUUUCUUAAUAAUAACGGCAUUCUAAGUUUAUUAUCGGAGGAAGAUUUCAUAAGGGAUAUUUCUUUCCAGAUACUAUCCUUCAUAAUAAUACUUAUUUAAUUCAAAAUGCACAAAUCUUAAAAAAAUGAAUUGGCCUGUAUAUUUUGCAAUAGAAUCUCAUCUUUUGAUGGGGAAAAAACUAAUUUUGAUGAUGCCAUGGUGUAUGGUUGUCAUGACAUGACGCACAGGUACUGUUCUCGGAGCAUUAGUGUUGUCAGUCGUGGUGACCAAAACUUUGGUCAUCAACCUGUGACGAUCUGUCGUGUCUUGCAAAACAGUCAUAUCAUUUUCAUAUAAGCAGUUACUGGCAACAUGUCGCGCCUUGGAAAACAUACCUUAAGGCUACUAGACGUUCCUGUAUAUUUUUUUGUUAAUUUAUUUAAUGAUAAAGUUUCACAUAUAAACUCACCUGAUUUGGUCACAAAGCAGCUGUGCUUCAUAGGAUAUUCAUACUGCACAUUCUCAGAAUAUAAUAUUUAUCAAUAGUAAAUAAUAAUUAACUUGAACAAUUAUGGAAUCAUACACAUAUUUUUAUAUAAAAUUAAUUCAAAUUUCAGAGACUUUUUAUCAGAUAUUCUUUUUGUAAUAUUUUGUUCCUUAGAGCUCAAUAAUGUUUUCCCAUUUUUUUUAGAUUUGUUAAAGUCACAAGCAUAGUUUUUAGGGAAAAAGUUGAAUCUUUUUUGUUUUUAUUUUUAUGUGUCUAAAUAUUAAUUUUUCAAAGAAAUUACCAAAAAAAAAAAAUAUACUAUUAUUUUUUUUAAAUUUUAAUCAUCUAAAUUUUACCUUUUUUUUAGACCUUUAAAAGUAAAUUUUUAGAUAAUUUAAUAAAUUUUUAACCACUCUUAAAUAUAUUUUUUAAGAGUUGAAAAUAUUUUUAACUUAUUCUCCAUUUAGUUAUCAAGAGAAUGGUUAUACUUGUAUAGUGAGUUACACUUGAUAUGACUUCAAAUAAAAUUAUUUUUACAAUUAUUAUGGCAGAGCAUUGGAUAAAUAUGAAAAAAAGAAAUUUGACAUCAUAAAUUGCUUUAUGAUAUAAUUUUAAAAUAACAGGUAAAUUAUUUGAAAUCUACUAUCUAUGUUGACCAUGUUUAAUGAUUAUUGGCAUUAUCAUUACAAGUACAAGAAUGCGAAUUAUCAAGAUUUGGUUAUUUGACAGUUUCAGUAUAAAAUAAUUCCUAUGCCUUAUAUUUCAUGUUUGUGUAACAUUUUUUUAUUUUUUCGAUAAAUUCAAUAAUUAAUAUUAAUGAUGAGUAAAACAGUUAGUAAAAGAAAAAUUAUUAGCUAGUAAGUAAUUGUGACAAAAAGGUGGAUGAAAAUGCUUUCAGUGACUCAUUAAAAUUACUAUUUUAUGUAAUUUUCUUUGUCUACAUGUGACAGCAAUUUUUUCUCUGUAUGCAACAUACAUAAUUUUUAUGGUUUGCAUAAAAAAAAAUAUUCUGAAUUUUUUAUUAUUGCACACAUUUUUGAUAUUUUUUCAUAUGUAUAAUUAUUAUAUUAUUUGUUAUUUAAGUAUUUAUUUUCAUUUUGUAUUAUCUCAGCUAUGUACCUACAAUCUACAUACUUUACUGUAAAAGAACUAGUCCCGUUGAACUAUACAAUUAAUAAUUGUAACAAAUAUUUUAUUUGGAGUCAUGUCAAAUGUAACUCACUAUACAAGUAUAACUGUUCUCUUGGUAACUAAAUAGAGAAUAAGUUAAACAUAUUUUCAACCUCUAAAAUAUAAAUUUAACAGUGAUUAAAAGGUGUUGAUUUAUUAAAAUUAUCCAAAAAUUUACUUUUAAGUCUAAACAAAAGGUAAAAUUUAGAUUAUUUAAUUUAAAAUAAAAUAUUAGUGUAUUUUAUUUUCUUCUGAAGAAUUUUAGAUCUAAUGAUCUCAUUAAAAAGACUUAUACAUACAAAAAUAAAAAUAAAAUUUUCUUUUCUAAAAUUAUGCUUGUGACCUUAACAAAUUUGAAAAAAAUUAGGUAACAUUAUUAAGCUCCAAGGAACACAAUAUCACGAGAAGAACAUCUGAUAAAAAAAAAUUCUUAAAUACAAUUUUAACCUUGUUAUGAGAAUAUCUUGGAUCUGGAUCAUCUUAUUAACUCGUAUGUUCUACUUUCCAUCUCUUUCAAAUUUACACAUAGGUACUUGAGUGAGUCCACAUUUUCAAAAUGAAAAUUAUUGAUUUCCAGUGUUUUAGUUGUAUUAUUUAUUAAGAACUCGGAUACCUUGGUCUUUUUUUUAUUUAUAUCCUGUCCUAUUGAUCUUUUUACUUUAACAGUUCUCUAGUUAGGCCAGAAUCAUAAUUACUAAUUAAUUAACAAUACAGUUAUUGAAGAACAUUAUUAUAUUUUGUAUAAACUUAUAAAUAAAAAUACAACACGUUUUGUUCACAAUCUAAAAUUAUAAAAUGAGAAUUUAAGGUAGUAUAAUGUAUGUAAUUAUCUUUAAGAAAUGUUUGUGCAUGCAUUGAGACUAAUAUUAUAUGGAAAUACAAGUUUAACAAAUAUUUUAAAUUUUAUUUCAGGAAACUAGUAAAGAAUGCACAAAAUUAAAUUCAAAAACAUCGAUGUUUAUUCCUAGACAAUUAAGUACAGCAUCUUCAACUACUAAAACUAAAAAACCUAACCGUAUAAUUUUUCAUUUGUAAACUAAUACUUAGAAACAUCUAUAAAUCUAAAUGCCCUAUUAUUAAUUUAAAUAAUUUUAUAUAAUACUAGUUUUUUAGUUAUAAUUUUUUUUUUUUUUUUGAAAUAAAAUGCAUGGAUAUAUUUAAUAUUUAUUUAAGAAUCAAACAGACAUUAAAACUUUUUUUUCUAUAUCAAUCAAAAAUUAUUUGUAUUAAUAUGAAAUUAUAUGAAAUAAAUCUAUAUUAAUUAUGAAUUAACAUUGUAUGUUUAUAUAUCAAUAUUCCAUCAAGGCAGGCUAUUUAGAUUUAACAUUUUAACCCACAAUUGGUUAUAAAUAAUUAGUUUAAAAUAUAAUUCAUAUAAUGUUUUUGUAAUAAUAACUAACAUAAACAAUUACAAUAAUCUUAGGUUUACUAAGUGAAUUUCUUAAGAGAACAUGCUAUUACCCAUAUUCUUAAUUAAGAAACCAAAUUUUCACCAUUAAAAAAAGAGAAUUUACAUUAUGCAAUGGUAGUUUUAUUAUUAUUAUUAUUUUUGGAUAUAAGAGCUUUGAACAAAACUAAGAUUUUGAAAAGAAAAACUGACAUUUUUUUUUUAUAGAAAAAUCUUUAUUGUAUUUGAUGUAUUAACAAAAUAAAACCAAGUAUUAUAGCGUAUACAUUCCCUUUUUAUGUUGGAAAUUUAGUUUUUCAAAAAUAAGUUCAAGUAAUUUGUAUCUGAAUAAAAUAAACAGUAUUGGCAGUCGAAUGACAUGUGGUAUCAAACCACCUUAAUAUUAUAUUAUUGUUCUUAAAUUUAUUUUAUAGAAUGUAUAUGUAUAAAUAUUAGGAUUUUAUGUCUUAUUUUUCAUAAUUUAUGUAUCUGAUUCUUCAUCUUCACUUAUUAUUGUUAUUAAUGAAUGAGUAGAUGGAGAAUUAUUCAGUUUGCUGACCAUUAUUGGAGUAUGUGUUGCAGAUGUGGUAGUUGUAAUAUCGUUCAAUGUGGAAUCGCUUGAAUCUGGUAAAAAGCUUACAGAAGUAUUGUUCAUUGUAGGGUCACCAUAUAAUUGGUACAGAUGAUUUAAAUGAUAAUUUAAACUAUUAGAUGCAUUUGUACUGGCAUUUUCUGACAGAACUAAUUUUCCAUUAUAGAACAUUUGAUAAUUAUCCAUGAGAUACAUUAAUAUAUCGGACGAAUUAUUAUUAAAUCGGGUCAUUAAAUUUUCAUAUAUGUGUUGAUUAGAUUCAUCCAACUCUAUAUGUAUAACAUUUUCAUCAUUGUCAGAGUCACUUUUAUCACUGUCAGAUUGAGUUAGAUCCUCAAUUUCUUCAUUAGUUGAAAUAUGUUGUUGAGCAAAUUCGGUAUUUUGAGAAUCAAUCUCAGACAUACUAAAUGAAUGCGUAGUAUUUAAAUUGGAUUGGUUAUUUAAAGCAUCUUCGGGAUAUAAUAUUUCAUAUUCUUGUGAAUCUUCAGACAGAAUUUCAUUUUCAGAUAAACUACGUACAGCAGAUGAAUAAAAAUCGUCAACCCUUUGUAAAGUUCGUUUACAUUGAAGUGGUUUUGAAUAAUUUUGAUUUAAACUAUAACAUCUGCCUAUAUGAAUUGAUGAGCCAUUAUCAGUAGAGGAUGUUUCAUCCAUACUAUUUGUAUCUGUUGGUAUGAUUAUUCCUUCAUCUUCAUCGCUCAACAAAUCAAUAAUGUCAUUCUUAUUAGAAUCAACAUUUUCAUUUGUUCGAGGGAACAAAGUUGAAAUAGUUGGUGUAUUUAAAUGUCGAAAAACAUUCUUUUUAUUAUCAUUUAAAUCAAUACUAUUUUCUUCUAUGGAAUUAUUUGUUUCAUAUAUAUAUGAUUCAUUUUCAUUUAAUUCAUAAAUGUUAUUCAGUUUUUGCUUCUUAAUGCCUCCAUUAGAAAUUCUUUGAUGUACAACAUUACGUAAUUUUUUUCUUAAUUCUGAAUGAUUAAUAGGUUUCAUGUGAUGUAGGUUCUUGGAAUUCAACAAACUAAAUCUCUGGUCAUACUUAUUUGGUUUAACAAUGACCACAUUUUCUGCAAUAUUAUUUGUAUUUUCUUCAUUGAGAUCUGAACUACUUUCAUCUUCAUGGUACACAUAACGGUAAGAAUAUUCAGUAGCCAUUUCUGAAUUAUUUUGAUUGAAUUCUUUAUUUUCAAUAUUUAUUACAUUUUGACUAGAAUGUAUAUUAGUAUUCACUGGAGAACAUUUACGGGUUUUUUCUGUUUUUCCAAGUUUGUUUUUAUGUACCAUUGGAUGUGAAUUAGAUAUUGAUUGGUUUUUAUCGGCCUCAAAAUGUAUGGAUAUUUCACUUUCAUUGUUAUCUAAUAGACUACAAACAUGCAAUGGUAGCAGAUCUUUAUUAGCAUCCAUUUCAGCAGCAACAUUUUGAAUUUGAGUAGAUUUAUUUUUAGUAAAAUUAUUGAAGUUAUUAUUUAACAUUUGAUUCUCAGCAGCAAAAUUUUGAAUUUGAGUAGAUUUAUUUUUAGUAAAAUUAUUGAAGUUAUUAUUUAACAUUUGAUUCUCAGAAGCAAUAUUUUGAAUUUGAGUAGAUUUAUUUUUAAAAGAUUUAUUUUCAGUAGAUUUAUUUAAGUUAUCAUUUAAAAUUUGAUUCUCAGCACCACCAGUUGGUUUGGCAAGUGAAUGUUUAUUUUUCAGCGAUUUAUCACUAGAUUGUGCAUAAGGAGGUAUUCUCAAUAAACUCAUAAUUUUAUUAGUUCUUUUGGUAAGCAUUUUCUUGUGACCUUUACCUAAAUAGCUUGACAAUGAUAUCUUAGAAUGUUUUUUAUGAACAUCUGAUAAUAGAGAAUCGGCAGUUAUAGAAUUCAUUUCUUCAUCAAUUAAUUUUAAUUUUAGCUUACGAGGAUCAAAGUUAUUAUAACAAUUAAGAUUUGUAUUUUUAGUAGAUUUAAUUUCUGGAACUGUUAAUAUAUCCAAAACUUUAUUAACAUGACUUUGUAUUUUCUCUUCUGAUUUUGAUUUUGAAUGGUGUUCGCUAUUAUAAGGUUUAAAAUAAUAGGUUGAAGUUGUUAAAGGUUCUGAGAACUUGAUUUUUGUUGGACUAUCAACUUUAUUGAAGGCAUGAUUAAGGGGGUCUACAUUUGAUUCUUGAUAAAUAUUUGGAAUGUUAACUUGUGGUAUACAUCCAAAUGAUUUUCUACACGCAUCAUUUCUAAAAUGAAAU